GGGGCGGGGGGCAUGGGGCAGACGGGGACGAGCCCGCGGCCCCGGCCCGGCGGCGGCUCUGUGGCUGCAGCCGAGGCGCGGAGCCGCCGCCGCCGCUCGGCCGAGCAGGGGCAGGGCGCUGUUCCAGCCGACGCUUCCGGUGGGCGGCGCGCCGGGGCCUGGCAGCCGGGGCGGCCCCUUCCGGCGGUGGCGAGCAUGGCGGCGGAGAACCACUGCGAGUUCCCGGUGCCCCCGGCUGGCGGCCUCGGCGCGGGCGGGCCCUGCCGUCGGUGUAGCUCGGCGCCGCUGCCCGGUGCGGGGCCCGGAAAGUGGGUCCGGCUGAACGUGGGGGGCACCUGCUUCCUGACCACUCGACAGACGCUCUGCAGGGACCCCAAGUCCUUCCUCUUCCGCCUCUGCCAGGCCGACCCCGACCUGGACUCGGACAAGGAUGAAACAGGUGCCUAUUUAAUAGACAGAGACCCAACCUACUUUGGGCCAGUGCUGAACUAUCUCAGACACGGGAAACUGGUCAUUAACAAGGACCUAGCUGAGGAAGGUGUACUGGAAGAGGCUGAAUUCUACAAUAUCACGUCUCUAAUAAAACUGGUAAAGGACAAAAUAAGAGAAAGAGACAGCAAAAUCUCACAGGUGCCAGUCAAACAUGUCUACAGAGUGCUGCAGUGUCAGGAAGAGGAACUCACUCAAAUGGUUUCCACAAUGUCCGAUGGCUGGAAAUUUGAACAGCUUGUCAGUAUAGGUUCCCAGUACAGCUGUGGCCGGGCUCAGCAGUCAGAGUUGCUGCUGAUAGUGUCACGGGAAGUGAAAGGGGAAGAGAGAUGCUUCCAGAAAUACUGCAGUGAGCUGGUCAGUAUUGGUUCUUCCUAUAACUACGGCAAUGAAGAUCAGGCUGAAUUUCUGUGUGUUGUCUCAAAGGAAUUGCAUAACACUCCUUAUGGCACAAGCAGUGAACCCAGUGAAAAAGCAAAGAGUGAGGAUGAAGAAACGGAUUACGAUAUGAAUGACUCAGAUUAAGUGUAAAUGUCAUGAUUUUGCAAGAACGAGGUUCCAGGAUGUGAAGAAAGUAUUGAACGGUGACAAUUUUUCUCUUUUACUCGAAGAUGCAGUGAAUUGUCACACUGAAGAGGCUUGGCUGCAAAAGAAAAAAAUCUGAUUUAGACAAUUUUCUGUUGAUCUGGGUUCAACCAUAUUUGCCUAUAAGCUGGUGUCAACUUCUGGAAGCAUUGCCAGAUUACAUAAUGGGAAUAGAUGAUGUGGGAGUGUGUGUUAAGUUUUGGUUGUAGUGCAUGGUUGUAGUCUCUUGUUGGCUGAUUGAUACUGGUCAUUUGAAAAGAAAUGACCAUGCACUCAUAUUUUCCUCGGAGACAUGUAGCACUUGAUGUCUGGUGCUGGACGACCCAGUGUUGAUCAGUUUGGAGACAUUUUCCUACUGAUCAUUGUAAACCUUAAAAGGACAAUGUAAUUGGUGCUACACACACACACACACACACACACACACACACACACACACACACACACUCUUUCAGACAUACGCAUGCACACACACACACACACACACACACACACACACACACGUUACAGCCCAGAAAUGCAAGUAUUUGGGCGUAUGUUGUUUCAGAAUCAGUGUCAGCCCCAGUUGACUGUAUUAUACUGCACAUUCCUUAUGGCUCUGCGACAUAAUCUAUUAUGUAAUAACAGCCUAGGAGAUCAACUGAAACUAGCAUGUGUAAAAGUUACACAACAGAGAAAAGGUUUCUCUGAAGGGUGUAUAUAUUGACUGGAUAGAUAGCUUAUUUUAAUACCCAAAGGGAAGACUAAACUCAGAGAAAAUGGCCUUCCUCUGAGUUAUUCUUGAUGUUCUCUCUGUUAAAACAGUCUCCUGCAAAAGUUAUGCUCCAGUCCUGGUCACAUGCUUGAAAGUGGAAUCAAAAUUCACUUAAAAUGACCAACUGAACAUUCUGUUUCUUUGGAGGUGUUUGUACUUAAACGUGUGUUUGUGCUUUUAUAAAAUGCCUAUAAACAUUGAACCGUGUUGGAUUAGGGUAGAGAUUUCUCUAGAGCGGAAGGUUUUACAGAAAUACAGCUGGCUAGUCCUAGGCCCCUGUCUCUAUGACUCAGAUUAAAAUCAACCUUAGUGUGAACAUAAACUCAUUCAGUUGAAAAACCUGAUUACUUUGGAUAUUCAGGAUACCUGUAAUCAACCUUUCUCUUUCUAUACAGUUUCAACUAUGCAGUUAAGAACAGUGUGUGAACAGAAUGUGGUGCAGCUUUGUUAGUUUGUCCUUGAUGCAGGCUAAUACACAAGACACACUAUAUUUUGAGCAAAAUCUUUAGUGCAUCUUUAAAACACUUAAUGAAAUGGACAGUGUAAAACUUGGCUUCAUUGACUCAUGGAACCCAUGGAGGGGGGUUUCAAAGAGCUACAGGAUGGUUUUAAAUUCUAAAGACAUUACAGUUUUCAUUCUUAUCAUUUCAGAUUUUAUGCAUAUACUGUAGGUAAUUCUUUACACGGAAACCUGAUUUUCAAACACCCAGGCUCUACUUUUUUUCUUUUAUUUUUUUUAGAAUUUUUUUUAAAGGACUUACAUAUUGAUAAAAGUUUGGAGAAACAAUUUGUAAGAAACAUUUCUACUAAACAGGUUAAGCAGUGGGCUAAAUGUUUUGUCUGUGUGCCUAAUGCUUGAAAGGAUUUGUAAUGCAUUUUGCGACUUGGAUGUGGUCUGCACAGGAAGCUGCUGGCCCCACCACAACACAUACAGUUUUUGUCUUUUUUUAAGAAGUUAAAACUGAAUUUAAUUUACUAAAAUUGUAAUUGUGUAGGGGGAAAUGUUUAUACUUUUAUACUUUUUUAGGUACCCAUAUUUUAUCAUCUCAAUUUGAGCACACAGAUGUCCUCUAAAUAGCGACAGAUUAUCUUGUGUAUCUGAAAAUAAGCAUAACAAUUGUCUGUGUUAAGUGCAUAUUAAAACAUUUCCUCUGCUGCAGUAGUCACUGUGUUUUUAAGCAGUAUGACUCCACCAAAUUCUCUGAGCUCCCUGGCUCAUGGAAUUGCAGCUAACCAUGUCACUUGUUUUCUUGAUGUGCUCUACAGAGUAAUUCAGCAUUGAUCUUAGUGGAUUUUAAUGCCCAAGAUACCAGUUUCACAGUGAUCCUUCUGAAUCAGCAUUUCUGUUGCCUCUCUUACUUAACCCAAAAAGGACAGGUUAUUUAAUAAAUUGAAAUUUUCCAGAAUUGCAUCAGCAAAGCAUGAGUAACAAACUAAGCAAACUGAACAAAUUUAGAGUAUGUAAAAAGAGUGGUUUUUUUCUAGGUUUGGGGUUUUUUUUUCCACUAGAAUAUUUUCAGUUUUAAAACCUGCUUUUAUGAUGAGAUUACCUGCAGUUUAGUUUACAAUGUAUCCCUACCACAGCUAAAUUUAGGGAAAUGAGUGUUUAAGAUUUUUUUGCACUUUGUUUCCAAUACCUCACAAAGAUUUUAAGAAGAAAAUAAAAGAGUGAACUUGCAGGUACCUUGUAAUUAUUUUAAAUAUGCUGUUGUUUGAGACCGCCUGAACCAACUACUUUCCUGUUCUUGCUUUUGUCAUUAUUGCUUUAAUUUUUGUGAUCAUGUGAGGCUUCCAGAUAGAUGGAAAUGCUCUCUUCAGCUUUUUUCAAGGCAUUAAGAAUUUAUCCCUAAAUAAGUUUAGUUUCUUUUUGUUUGACUGUUGCAGUUUCAAAUAAAGUUAGUGACAGUAACAAGGUAAUUGCAUUAAAAUCCAAGCUGCAUCACCAUGCUUUGCAAACAUUGCUUCAUCUGUUAAGAUCUUGCAGGAUGAAGCAAUGUACAUGUAUAGUUUAAACCAGAGUCCUUUGUUCCUUCUCUGCCGUUUGGAGAGUACCUACGUGAGAAUUGCCUGUGACUGUGCAGAGCUGAGGGGUUCACUAUCAGGCUGGAGCUGCACAGCUGUACUACAAACUCCUUGGACUUAACUCUGGACAUAGACAGCUCCUCUAUCCUUAAAUCAGAACAGUAUUCCAGGUUAGAACUUUAGAUCCUGAGCUCGAAGAGAUCAUAGCAGAAGGAAUAAAGCAGAGGAAGGGAGAGAGAUGAAAUUCCUCAGAUGCAUUUACAUGACAAACAUCUUGCAAAACUUGUUUGAAAACAGAAGUUCAAAUCCGCUGUAGCAAUUUUGUGCUUUGAGUUAACAAGCAGCAUAUUGUUGGCCUUAAGUUUUCUCAGAGGCUAUUUUCCUUUAUUGGAGGUGACAUUUUUAUAUUACAUGCUUUUGACUUCUUCAAGCGACAAGUGAAUCAGAAUUUGUUUGCAGUGGACAUGUAAUUCUGAGUCCUCAAAGACAUGAAUGUCAUAUGGUCCAUUAAUAACUGUCCAGACGUAUACUCUGACUCGGCAGCUCCCAGCCCAAAGGUUAUCUGGGAUUUUGUCCUACUUACUGUGGGAUUUCCAUGGAUUACGGUUAAUUGCAGUUUCUUUAUCCUACAGUAAUUUAAUUGUGUGUCAAAGACUUGAUCAAAUUAAGCAGCUUUUUUUAAUUCUUUACUAAAGUUUCUGUCAUCAGAAUCAUAUGCUCAUAAAACUUGGAAAGUGUACUGUGUUUUUUUCAAACUCAUAUUUCUUGUAAUGAUGAAAGAUCCUUUCAUCUUGCAUUUAGCAUUAGGAGAAGAUAUUUCUUUAAAAAUGAAGCUUGGUGAAUCCAUCUGACUUCUUUGUUUUCAGAUUUUCUUUGGACAAUAGCUGUGUAGCUCCAUUUCUACCAAUGUGAAUGCACAGUUAUGAUUGAUUAGAAACAGGACUGUUUCCUGCAGAUUCAAAAAUGGAAUCAAUCUUCUCUUUUUCUGAGAGAUGUGAUUUUUUUGGUUUUUUUCAGGAGAAAUAUGAAAACUGGUAGAUUAAACAGAAGAUAACUUGGUUGCAGGCAUGCAACAAGGGGAAGAAGUUUGCUGAGUAGGAUGAUAGUGUUAUCAGAACAGUGCUUCUCAUAACAGCACACUAUUCUGUGGAUGUCUGUUGAGGUUGUAGAGAGUUGUCAGUCCCUGUUUAAGCUGUAGAGGGCUACCACCAGCAAAUAAACACAUAGUAGUUACAAAUUUUUAUUAGUAUUACAAAAAUUAACUUGGAGUGCAAAAAUGCAAUAGUAUCUGGUCCAGUGGAAUUAAAUAGAGUCUGGAUUAUAAUUACCCAGGUAUACUGGAAUGUAUUCCUUGGGAAGUACUGGGGGAAGAGUGAAGUUUUCCUGGGCACUUUGAGGGAGAUCGAAGUCAAAUGAAAGCCUGGAGAUGAAGUCUGGGGUUUUGUUCUCUUGAGAUGUGAUAAAAUCAGAAAGUGGCAUUCUCCAAUUUUUAUUCUCUCACCACAUCAAAAGUUUCAGGUUUUUCAAAUUAACUUUUUCACUCAGCCCUUGAACUGUGGGGCUCUUGAAAAGAGAUGAAAUUUUGUUACACCUUUAACAGUGUCUGUUAUCUUAAGACAGUAGGGUUAAAAUCCAAGUGGUCAUUGGAGAAGUGUCUUUUCUAACACAACAGUAUUGAAAUACUUAAGUCCGAGGAUUACUGCCUGUUACUUGGUUGUAGUUUAGACUGCAGUUAUCUCCAGUUUUAAGGACAAUCUUGGGAUCUUAGGUGGGUUUUUUUGUGUAGAAUUAUUGAGUCUUUAAAUAGUAUAAAUAUUUAGUUUAAAAAAAAAAAAAGUGGAAGGCUCUCUGAACUCAGUGUCAUAUAAGUUUUCUUUUGUUUCACAAAAAUCAGGAGCUGUCUUUAAAGGCUUCUUAAUGAACAGAGGCUUUAAAGGGCUAAAUAGAUCUUACUGUCCAGAUUGCCUAAAUGACUGUCAGAAGGAACUCUUUCCAUUUUCAGAGCAUAAAUGCUAAGGGCUAAAAUGCUUUCCAGGGCUAAUUUGAGGUUCCAGAGACAUACAGUGUUUAAAAAACAACUAGUCUGUUUUCCUUUCAAUUCAUGGAUGCUAAAAUAAUUUUUACAAAUGGCUGAACCAGUUGCAGAUGUAAGUGUUCCUAUAUGGCUUGGAUUUUCAGUAUUCAGAUUGGAUAAGAGCACACUAGAGAGGGCAGUACUUACCCUCCACUUUAUUAUUACCUUUGCUGAAAUCUAACAACUUUUUAUGAACAGCACUGGCAGUAAAAAAGCUUUGAGGGAGAUUCUGCCCCAGGAAAUUGUCACAGAAUAUUUCUUUGCAAUUUAGUUGAUCUUUACUUUAGCAACGUCUACCAAGGCAUAAACUUCUCAGAAGUUCAGUAUAGAUACUGAAUAGAUAGCUCAGAAUAGAUACUGCUGCAAAUACAGCUUUCUGGACACAUCAGAGGGUUCUCUUAAGGAUGUUGUGUCUUAAAAACUACCAUAAUGAGAGAAACUUUUAGAAGUUAUUUUGCUACUUUGGGGGUGAGUGGAAGGGGGAAGAGGUUCUGUGUCAGUGCUCUUCCUUGCCUUAGAAAGCUGAGCCUAAAUUUUGACCUAAGACCUGUUGUGAUUUUGAGGCCUCGUCAUCUGAAAUGAGUAAAGAAUAAAUGUAUUUACUGUACAUGAUUCUUGCUACUUCUGAAGAUUUUCCGAAAGCUUAUGCACAGCUUUACUCACGUUAACUUGCCUCAUGUGUACUUGCUAGAAUGAAGCAAAGUGCCAAGGCACUCUUAAAAGGAAUGUUGCCAACCUCUCUACCUGGAACUGAAAGAAGAUCACCAAACUGAAGAAGUAUCAAAUGGCAGCUUUUUCCACCUGCUUCUGUCUUUACCUUUACCUCAACCUAGUUAUAAAAAAAUCUACUUCCUAUGCACUCUUUAGGACCACCUACCCAAUUCAACAAAUGUUCUUUUUUUUUUUUUACCUUUUCCUCCAGAUCACUGGUCUCAAAAUUAGUUGUGCAUCAGCUGUUUGUGCUUAUAACCGAGUGGCCAUACUUGCAACAUGUUAUUUCCUGGAUAGUGGAUUAGCAAUAACACUUUAUUUUGUGCCAAUUCAUUAUCUCUGAAGUGUUCUUACUGCAGCAAAAUUUGAGUUUUGAUUUGGUUUUAAUGCAUUUGCAUUAAGCAAAACUCAUAGCACAGGCACAGACAAGAAACUGAAUUCAGGGAAAUUUCCCUGGGAAAAAAUCUGCUAGGGCUUCCCAAAUAAUUUGAAGAUGGUUACAGUUAACCAUCACUUUCAAAACUAACAAAUUAAAUGUGUGUGGGUAUUUUUUUAACUUCUUUUUCAUAACACUAGUGUAUUGUAAACUGCAUGGAAUAAACCUGUUUUUUCCCUUUUAAA